ACGGAGAGUGAGUAACGCGAAUGGUGUAAGGACUAAGGAUGACUUGACUAGUUGUUACUUGUUACUUGUUUCCCUUACCUUGCUUGCGUCGCCUUUGAUUUUGAUUGAUUUGAUGAUUCAAUUCAAUUAGGAUAAACACAAACUCCGUUUACCCAAAAUCCGUUCAAUUUUUUUGAAUAGAAAAUAGGGGAGAAGAGGGAAUAUAAUAUACUCCGAAAAAAAUAAUUGAAAAAAAAUAAUUAUAAAACCCUAGGUACUGUAACAAAGAAAAAAAAAACCCCGAAAAUAUAGGUGAGUGAGUGGGUGGGGGAGUGAAAAUCAAAAGUAGAGAUAGGUUAUAUAUAUAAUUGAAAUUGAAAUUGAAAUUGAAAUCGUUGUUGUAAGAAAGAAAGAAAGAAAGAAAGAAAGAGAAUGGAAGGAAUAAUAGGUGGUGGUGGUGGUGGUGGUCAUCCAGUACCUCGAACAGUUGAUGAGGUUUUCAGCGACUACAAGGGCAGACGCGCUGGUUUGAUCAAAGCUCUCACUACUGACGUUGAAAAGUUUUACCAGCUCUGCCAUCCUGACAAGGAGAACUUAUGCCUAUAUGGAUAUCCAAAUGAAACAUGGGAAGUGAAUUUACCGGUUGAGGAAGUGCCUCCUGAACUUCCCGAGCCAGCAUUAGGUAUAAACUUUGCUAGGGAUGGGAUGCAGGAGAAGGACUGGUUAGCACUGGUUGCAGUUCACAGUGACUCGUGGCUUCUUGCUGUUGCUUUUUAUUUUGGUGCCCGCUUUGGAUUUGGUAAGAAUGAAAGGAAAAGGCUUUUUCAGAUGAUAAACGAUCUGCCAACUAUCUUUGAGCUUGCAACAGGAAAUGCUAAGCAAUUGAAGGACCAACCAACUGCUCACAACAAUGGUAGCAAUAGCAAAUACAAAUCAAGUGGAAAGUCUCGCCAGUCUGAGCCUCAGGCCAAGGGUGUGAAGAUGUCGGCACCACCCAAAGAAGAGGAUGACAGUGGGGAAGAAGAAGAAGAUGAUGAUGAUGAACAAGGUGCAACCUGUGGUGCUUGUGGUGAUAAUUAUGGCACUGAUGAAUUUUGGAUCUGUUGUGAUAUGUGCGAGAAAUGGUUUCAUGGUAAAUGUGUUAAAAUUACUCCUGCUAAGGCCGAACACAUCAAGCAAUACAAGUGCCCCGGCUGCAGUAUGAAGAGGCCAAGAGUUUGAUAGCUCUGAACCCUUGGACCAGUGACUGUUUAAACAACAGACAAUAUUUAGAAUGUUUGAUAGCAUUUUUAUAAGCGAAACCAUUGUUGCCUGUUCUAGUCAAUGCACUUUAGUGACUAUGCAGACGGAAUUUCAAGUUUUGUGACCGUCCAUUCCUACUGUCUACUCUUAUUGGGAAUUUGCGUUUUUAAGUAGUCAUUGGCAACAAAAAUAUUAUUAUAGAUAUAUUAUGCAGUUUUCUGGUUUUAAUUUUAA